AUGUUGCUUGUCGGCGGGCGCAUGCGCUCGGAAGGCCAGCUCGGGGCCGGCGCCGGCGCCGAAGCCGCGCCCGUAGUGCGGCUCCCAGCCGGCGGGCGCCGCCACCGGCGCCGGCACCACGUGCGGCAGCGCCGAGUCCGCCGCCAGCUUGCGGCACAGCUGGAAGAUGGCCAUGCCCACGGAGAUGGCGAAGGAGAAGAAGCUGAGCUGCAGCGCGUUCCACGCCUUCAGCCCCAGCGCGCCGAUGAACAGCGGCACCAGCGUGAUGGCCUUGAGCAGCACCAGCACCAGCACCGGGAUGAUUAUCUUCUUCAGCUUGUGCCUCCGCGCUGUGGGGACGUCGGAGCCCUGGGCGGCGGGUCGGGCGGCGCCGAGGUCGAGCGCGAGGUCGACGAGGCCGCGGUCGAGGCGCGCGGCGGAGGCGGUGAGGGCGGCGCCGCCGGGCAGGUGCACGCGCAGCGCGUGGGCGCUCACGAAGGCGGCCGCGCGCCGCAGCAGCCCGCCCUCGCCCUCGCCCUCCGGCUCCGCGCCCCGCGCCUCGCCCGCCGGCGCGCGCACCAGCGACACCGCGUCCGACACCUGCGGACCAGAUACACACAGCGCACCAGUAUUUUUGACACAUGCGUAAUUGUGAGGAGGGGUAGCACUCACCUGGAAGUCGUCCUUGGUCAUGAGCUGGUCGACGAAGUUGAGCAGCUUGUACUUGACGCAGGCCAGAGACUGCGGGUCGAGCGCGCACUCCUCCUUGAGGUCUCGCACCACGUCCUCGAGGGGCGUGUCCUUCCACAGGGAGGCCGCGGGCGCGGGUGUGGGCUGGCGCGGGGCGGCAGAGGCGAGGGCCGCGAGGCACAGCAGCAGCACAGCGCGAGCGGUCGCCAUGGCGCGGGGGGCGGAACAGGGCCCGCCGCCGGCCGACGCGCCGCCUUUAUACAGGCCGACGAGCCGCGCCGGCGGCCCGGAUCCGAAGGCGGCGGAGGGGUCGUGCAGGUGGAAUGCAUCCUCAAGCAGAUCCUGCAUGUCGUGCGUGCCUCAACCAAACCCCGCAAUGCAUGCAAACCUGACCGAGCGAUUGGACCUCCAACGGUGAAAACCUCCAACCCGCAGUUUAGUGCCAACUCCCCGAGGCACGACGAAUCCAGUCACAGACCCCGUGAACGCAAGGAUGGCACACGUGGAUCUAGAUCUUACAUCGACCGUCUUUAUUACCUCAAUGUGGUCUUUGAAGUGAACCUCCCCGAAGCGACCUCCGUGCGCGUCCGAAUACGUCGCCAGCCGGCGCGGGGCCGGAUCCGCGCGGGGGCUUAUCGGCGCGCAAUUAACCGCAUUCGCCGCCGGGAGAGGCGCAGCGGCGGCGGCGGCGGCGGAGGCCUGGAUGGCACGCGGGCGGGCGGGCGCCACAGGCGACGACGCAUCGGGAUUUCAGGGCGCGUCGCGGGGCGUCGCGGCGCCGCGCCGGCGACGCAAGGUCAAGGCGCCGGAAGUGGGCCGGGGCCCCGCGCUCUUGAGGAGGGAACAUGUGCGAACGACGCAGCUCCUAAUGUGCUCGUAACUGUAACAGUCGCGUGCUAUGCCAAAGCUUCUCCCAAAAAGGAUUCGAAUUCCUGCGAUCAACGGAACAACGGUAUUCUUGAUUACCUGAACAAGAUACUUGCUUUAGAAGAUGGAGGUUGCAUCAUGAAAUGGACGUUAAGACUCGGUGACAAUUUGUUUGUGACCAAAGGGAUGCGCUAG